GCAAAAAAGUGAAGUGGACGCAACACAUAUCAUGGAAAGCGAGAGGAGGAGCAGCAGGAAGCGAGAGGAGGAGAAUGAUGGCAGCGAAAGGGACAGUGACCCUGUGGCACGCCAGAGAACGACGACGACGGCACUGCGUAGUGCUCACGAAAGACAGAGAAAAUAAAACAACGAUGGCGAAAACGGUAACCAUCGAAGAGUCUCAAAAAAUCUUGGAUUACACGUAUUUAACUUAAUCUCAAUUCUCAAUCUAUAUAUAACAACACAAUUUGCUCAACAAAACACACUCUUCUGAAUUAGGGUUCUUCACAUUCUUCUAAACGAUGAAGAUCUCCCGAAACCGCAGUGAUGCAUUGAGGUAUAUUAAGGAAGUAGAAGUUGCCUUUCAAUCUAAUAGGAAAAAGUAUGAUGAGUUUUUAAAAAUCGUAAAAGAUUUGAAUUUGAGGAGUGGAACAAGAAUUAGUAUAAGAGUUAUCAAAGCAAAAGUUGAGAGGUUGUUUAAAGGACAUUCGGAUUUAAUUUUGGGAUUCAACACCUUAUUGCCAAAGGAAUAUCAAAUCAUGCUUCCUCAAAGGACUGGCAAAAAGGUGAAGAGGGUAAAAGAAAAUUGUGAACUUCCUUGGGAUGUGCUUGAUAUCAUUUCCAAAAGACUAGAUUUUGAUGACCUCUAUUUCAGUUUGCUGGUGUGUGCAAGAAUUGGAGGGCUUUUCACAAAAUUUAUUGGAGAAAUUUCUUGACCUCCCAAGAACCAUUACUUCUAAUAUCAUCAUAUGCUAAAACUGUUAAGCUAUAAAUAUUCAUUUACGCUUACUAGUAUAUCUGACAAAAAAGUUUAUUGCUUGAAGAUGAAGAAGUGCUUCAUCUACGCUAACUAUGUUACA